GUGCAGUGAAUUUAUACAUGCCGCGAACUGUCGCUUUUUUAGUUGCCACUCAGCCCGUCAUCUUGGCUUCUUCAGCCGGGCGGUCAUCUGUAAUAUGGCCCACAAGGCGUUAUUACCGUACAGCCGAUAAAACACUCUCAUCAAGUCGCUCCAGAUUACAUUUUAUAAACAGAAUUCUCUGCUAUACUGUGUAGCCGCAACUAAUUGGUCGCUACGAUGUAACCGCAAUCUAAAAACUUUAGUCGACAAUUUUUACGGGGAAUUACCGUUGCUGUUAUUGUAUGUUCAUGCACACACGAUGUUGAUGUGAGUGCGCAUUGUGAGUAGUGUGGAGGUGGGCCGCUGGUCGGCCGGUUCGAAUGUAUGGUCAUCGUGAACAGCCAUCUGCAUGGAACAUCCACUGGCUGGUCCAGUGGACCCUUGCGACACAUGGCCGGAGCAGGAGUAUAAGAAAAGAUGCGUGUAUGUUGUGCCGGACAAGGAGACACCCGACACCGUUGUCAACCGGGCCGAAGCUUCAGCGCCAUCAAACGUCGUUCUGAAAAAAUGCCCUCAGACUGCCGAAGUAAAGGGCGUAUGGAGCAAACAACUUAUUCCCAGAGGAACACGAUUCGGCCCGCUUAUUGGCGAAGUGAAAGCACUCGAUGUCCCGAAAUCGGCUAAUCGCAAAUAUUUCUGGAGGAUUUAUCAAGACGGUCAUCUAAAGUUUUAUUUGGAUGCUUUCGACCUCCGGAAAAGCAACUGGAUGCGAUUCGUUAAUCCGGCCUAUUCGUCGUUCAGUCAGAACCUGGUGGCAUGUCAGGAGCAGAUGGACAUAUUGUUCUACUCUAUUAAGGAAAUCCCUCCGGAUACGGAACUUUUGGUGUGGUACUGUCCAGAUUACGCCAAACGAAUGAAUUAUCCAGUCAACGCGGAUGUGGUCAAAUCACAGCUUAAAAUAGAGUACCGACCACAGCUGUUGCACAAUUCGUCAGUGCCCGCCUUAACAGAGCGGAAAGGGCAUCCACGCCAGACGAAUUACCGCAAUUUCAGUCCAAGUGAGAACCAGUGCUGCGACCAGUCUCUGGACUGUGAGAAACCUCAUUCCAGCACGGAUUCUCAAAGCGAUGACGAUGAGAAUCUACGGUCGACGACGGGAGGGAAACGCAACCACCGCAACUUGUCACCCCAACAGGAACCGGUGCGGCUGCGCUGUGUGCCACCGGCAACACUGCGCGAUACUUCGCCUAUGCAGUACACACUGUUGGGCGGAAGUCCAGAAAUCCCAGUCCAACAGCGCUCUUCUCUAGUUCACCAGGAAGCUAGCGGGUCCCACAAGAGUUUCAUUAAUGAGCGGCUGUCGUCGUACCGCGAAAUGCAAACGUAUUACGGCAUCAAUGCUUCUCAUCACAUUCUCCCAUCGAUAUUUGGCGGGGCCGUCGAAAAUUUCCCGUACAAAGACAGCAUUAGAGUGGCGGCCUUAGAAUCGUUUUUUGGUCAAAAUGUGGAUGAACUUCGCCGACGAUGUUUCAGUUUGGGAAGCAGUGGCGAUCGGACGAAGGAGAUGAGCAACCAGAUUUUUGGUGCUGUGCCGACUGUCGGCUUACCAUCUUUAUUUCGGCACAGUGUGACGUCAUCGUUUGAUAACCACGCCCCAGAGGAAGCGGUGAAGCGGGGCAGCUUGGAUUUGUCCUUUACUGACGGUCGCACAAGCACUCCACCGAGUCCGGUGGAUGACAGCAUGGGCUCGUUGAGUGACCAUUCGUCGGCGGACAGCAUAAGAAAAGAAGCGGACUCUUCGUCCAGAGGCUAUAAAACCCUUCCUUAUCAGCUGGAGAAGAAGAACGGAAAGCUGCAGUACAAAUGCCAUGUGUGCGUUAAGACGUUUGGCCAACUCUCCAAUCUGAAGGUUCACCUGCGGACUCAUUCGGGAGAGAGACCAUUUAACUGUGGCACGUGCUCGAAAAGUUUCACCCAGUUGGCUCACCUCCAGAAACAUCAUCUUGUUCAUACCGGCGAGAAACCACACGAAUGUGGCAUAUGCCAAAAGCGGUUUAGCAGCAGCAGCAACUUGAAAACUCAUUUGCGCUUACACAGUGGAAGCAAACCAUACGCAUGCAAAUUAUGCCCUGCUCGAUUCACCCAGUUUGUCCAUCUUAAACUGCAUACGAGACUGCACACAAACGAGCGUCCGUUUACCUGUCCAGCCUGUAACAAGAAAUAUACGAGUCCUAGCGGUCUGCGGACACACUGGAAGCAAACAAAAUGCAGCUCUUGUGGAGAUUUCCCCGAAGGUCAUAGUUUCGGUUUCGCUGAUGGUUCAAUGGAUCACUCAAGUCGCACAUCCAGUCCGAGCCCGGAUAAUUCUGUUCGCGAAGACUCUCUACGAUCUUCAGCCGGUUCACCUUCCGACCUUCCGUUGGCAGAGACCGAGGAAAGCGAUAGUGAAAACGAGCUAAUGGUUACUGGACACGAUACACGAGCGCGAUAAGUGAAACCUUGUUGUGCUCGGUCUAAUAUUCAACUUUUUCUCGUUAAGUUUCGUUAUCGCGCUUUUUUGUUGGGAUAUGGCCUUGUUCGCGUUUGUUUUAUUGUGUUAUUAAUUGUCUACGAACUCGUUGGUAACAUGUUAAGUGGCGUGUGUAUGUGUGCGGUUCGUUAAUGUUGUGUUUGUUUGUCCAAAAAAGAUCUCCUCCAUCCUUAAAUUCCUGGAUUCUUUUCCACUUUCUCAAGGAAAGAAUUGCUCCUAGCAGUGUUCCUGUACCUUCUGGAAUUUUUAAUGUAAAUAGUUCACUGUACAGAGAAUUCUGGACACAUUAAA